AUGAAGUUUUUCCAUCGUUACAAUGAAUUAUUGAAGAAGUAUCCUUACAGAACCAACAUGAUCACCACUGGGAUCUUGAUGGGAGUCGGUGAUAGUGUAGCUCAAAGAUUUUUCAAUCAUGAAGAUGAAAAUGGUAAUAGACCACCUUAUGAUCCAUUGAGAACAAUGAGAGCUUGGUGUUAUGGAAGUUUUAUUUUCUCUCCAUUAGCUGUUUUCUGGUAUGGUAAGACCUUACCUUUCAUCAAAAAUCCUUUCGUUUCAGCCAUUAAAAGAGAAGCUUGGUCAGGUAAAAGAAUAGAAGCUUUUGAUAUUGGUUUCAGAAUUGGUAUUGAUCAAUUGAUCUUACCUGGACUUGUUUGGAUCCCUUUAUAUAAUGCAUCUAUGACAUUAUUAGCAUUCAGAGAAGAUCCUUUUAAUGUUAUCAAAGAAAAAUUAGAGAAAAAUUGGUGGAAUGUAUUGAAAACCAGUUGGUCAGUAUGGCCAAUUUUCCAAUUGAUCUCAUUCACAGUGAUUCCAAUCCAUUUGAGAGUUUUUGCUUCAAAUAUCUGUUCUAUUGGAUGGAACUGUUUCUUAAGUACUGUCCAUAACGCUAAGCAUCAUUAUAAGAACAAAUUCUUAGAGACAGUACAUGAAUUAGAUGAAUCAAAUGUGAAUUUUUCAUAA